AUGUCAUCCCUUCAUGUUAAAACUGUUUUAUUAGAAAGAACUGAUGAAAAAGGUUUAUCUCAAUCGACGCUCAUGUUUCUGUUUUCUCAUUUACCUGUAUCCAAAUAUAAAAAGUUCAAAUUCGAAAUACAAAUUCUUAUCAGAGAACUGCUCGAUGUGCCGCUGCUUAGUGGCUACUAUUAUGUGGAUUGGAAGCUAAGGAAUGCCUCGGAUGCAUUCGGCACAACGAGAAGAAUCCAUAUCAGAAACCAUAACGUCGUCUGGAACUGCCUUAUCAAAACAAUGCUUUCAAUUGCGGCAGAUAAAAAGCAUACCCUUCGAUACUCUGAAUUGAGGAUGGAUAUUUUUAAAGAGGGCAACAGACAGAAGUUGGGAACAGUCUCUGUCAAUAUGUCAGAAUUUGUCGGUAAAGGCUAUAUAAAUGAGAGGUAUCUAUUAAAAAACUGCAGAUUCAACUCGACAAUAAAGCUAUCCAUAAGGAUAAAUUUGACAACCGAAUCAAUGCCAUCUUGCUUACAAUUGUCUACAACAUCAAACAUUGAUCGUAAAGAUACCUUCAAUAAAGCUGCUUCGCAGGCAGCAAUAAUCACUCAUUCUCCGCGGUUAAAGCUCAUCUCUCCUUCGUUUCGCUCACAUAAACAACUGCUUACUGGAGGCUAUUCAAACAAUGAAAUUCUACGAGAAACGAUAAAAGAGCACCCUAUGACUGUUUUUGCUAUGCCAUGUGUAGCUACAGCCCCUGAUACGAUAGGUUACCCUGACAAUGCAAUUGAUGAAGACAAUCCAGAUCCGUAUCAUAUUGUAGACAAAUUAUUUGCUACUAUACGUGAAGUCGUAUAG